ACAGAUUUUAGGAAUCUUAUCUGCAUGAGGCCUAUAGGUGAACAAAAAAUUAAAAAAUUAUCAGUGUGGUAUUACCAAACUGUGAAGGUAGAUUUCAUGCAUACUACAAAGUGAAAAUAACUAACAAACAAGCAAUUAAUAUUUUACAGUUUGCAGUAGUGUCUGAGUGUGACCACAUGCCGCUGUAGUAAAAAUUGUGACGGUCAUCAGAGGGAGGAAUUAAACCAUUCAUUAGCAGACCCCAACACCAGGGUGCUUUUGAUUAUAGGCCAGAAGGGUGUUGGGACUUGAGUGGAUCGUGCUCAACGGAAAGUGGAAAAUCUUAAAUUUAAUGGAGAAAAAUCAAGUAGCUGACACAUUGUUGCUAGAGGUUGCUUGACAAAACGGAACCACAAUGGGCUCAAUGCUGAGAAACUUGUGGAUUCUGUCGAUCCUGGUGAAUUGUUGUGGAAGUGUUGAUAUUGUGUAUAAUAUCACAGAGGAACAGGGGGCUAAUGUGACACUGGGUAACAUUUUCAUCGAUGCCAAACUUGGAGAAUUUCAUAACGAUAGUCACACAGAUAAGCUGAAGUACUCGUUUCUAAGUCAACCACCUCAUUAUUUUGCCAUAGAUCCUCAAACCAGUGAUUUUAAAACAGCUAUGAAUUUAGACAGAGAAAAAAUUUGUCCAUACAAAGAAGAUUGUAUAAUCCCAUUAGAAAUAGCAGUUCAGUCUGAAAUUGCAGCAUUUUUUGAAAAAAUCAUCAUCAUGGUGAAUCUUCUAGAUAUUAAUGAUAAAACACCAUCAUUUCCAAACCCCUCCACAGAUCUCAGAAUAUCUGAAGGUGCUAAGGUUAAUCAGAGUUUUGUCAUCGAUGGAGCCAUUGACCAAGAUAGCGAAGAGUACUCUGUCAAAAAAUACGAAGUUAGACCUAAAGGAACUCCAUUCGAUGUCAUUUUCUUCAGAAACCUGGAUGACAGUCUUUCAGUGAAAUUGAACGUCAUUCGAUCUUUGGACCGAGAAGAGACGAGUCGUUAUGAUAUUCAGAUUCUGGCUUAUGAUGGCGGAUCCCCUCCCAAGGUCGGGAUGAUGAGAGUUAACAUUACAAUAGGUGAUAUCAAUGACAAUAACCCAAUGUUCGAGAAUUCCAUUUAUAAUGUGACUGUCAAGGAAGAAAUUGCUGUAAAUACUACCAUCCUUCAGUUAAGGGCUACUGACAAAGAUAUUGGUAAAAAUGGGGAAAUUUUAUAUAAAAUCAGCACUAACCAACCUGAAGAACUCCAAGGACUAUUUUUUGUUAAUGAAAAUACUGGGGAACUAAAAAUUGCUAAACAGUUGAUUUAUGAACCAAGUGAGAAGUACAGGCUGAUAGUUGAGGCAUACGACCGAGGGGAACAACCCUACCCGACCCAGGCCAUUGUGAAUGUGUAUGUACAGGACUCCGGUAACAAUCCACCAGAAAUUAAAAUUAACUUGCUGACCAAUACAGAUCAUGCCCAAGUGUCUGAAUAUGCAAACCGUGGAGCUGUGGUUGCCCAUAUCCGAGUGAUUGAUAAUGAUGCUGGGGCAAAUGGAAUCGUCAACUGCAGCAUCAGCAACAAUCAGUUCACACUGCAGAAACUUGAUGUUCAGGAGUAUAAAGUGACUGUGUAUAAACCAAUGGAUCGGGAGGCUCAAGAUGAACAUUUUGUGAGCAUUACUUGUCAAGAUAUUGGCUCUCCACCUCUUAGCUGUAAUGCAAGUUUUCGAGUGCAAGUCACAGAUGAAAAUGACCAUAAUCCCAUAUUUUCCCAGAAUGAAUAUCUUGCUAAGAUUCCUGAGGGUAACAAUCCAGGAGAUGCCAUUAUUCAGAUUUUAGCUACUGACAAUGACCUGGGUGAAAAUGCUAGAAUUCAUUAUAAACUUCAUGGUGACGCUGGAGCUGAUUUCACUGUUGAUGGAGACACGGGGACAAUCCGUGCUAACAAGGUUUAUGACAGAGAGUCAGUGUCACAGUACCGAUUCCGUGUGUACGCCGUCGAUUCUGGAGAUCCACCACUCUCCUCCACUGCUACCAUUGUGGUCAAUAUUGAGGACAAAAAUGACAACUUUCCAGAAUUUAAUCAAAAUCAGUUCAAAGCCUCUGUUCAAGAGAAUGUGCCUUUUGACACGUUUGUUCUUCAGCUGACAGCUACUGACAAAGAUGCUGGAGACAACGGAAAGGUAUCUUUCUCCCUUCCAAAGCAUUCAGAGGUCCCAUUUUUCCUGGCCCCCAAUGGCACUAUCUUGGUUAAUGGGAAUCUUAAUAGAGAGGAGAGGGAUCGGUACAUAUUUACAGCUAUUGCUUCAGAUCAUGGAAACCCUCCCAAUAGAAAUAGUGUGGUGAUUCAAGUGGACAUCACAGAUGCUAAUGACAAUGAACCAAUCAUAGUGUUCCCUAAUGCCUCCAAUGACACUGUGAAGGUGUCUGUCAACUCGGGGCUAAAUAUGAUAGUGGCCCAGAUUCAAGCUUUUGACAUAGAUGAGGGAGAAAAUAAAACACUUGUGUAUUCUAUUACCAACAGAAAUGAUUCAGACAUUUUCAAUAUCAAUAGUUUGACUGGGGAAGUUAUUGUGGCCAGAACCAUGCAUCCUGGACACAUUGCCAGCUACUUCCUCAGGAUAGCUGUAUCAGACAAAGGGGUGAAGCCUCUCACUAAGUACGAGAAUUUACAUCUAGUGGUCAUAAGGACUAAUGCUACCACAUCUGUGAUAACGCACACCGCAGGAGACGAUGAGCUCAACAUGAGAAUCGUGGUGGCAGUCGUGGUUGUCACACUUGUUUUAUCAGCCUCCAUUCUGAUUACAAUAUUUUUUGUGAGACGCAGGGACCUGAAAAGAAAGGAAUUAAAUGCACAGACUGAGGCUAAAGCAAAUACAAACUCAGUUCCCAGAGUUUAUGUUGAUCCUCUGAAAUAUGUUGCCCCAGGAGAAAAUGUGGGCAUGUUUUACAGUGAUGAAACAGAUGAGGGAGGAAGAAGGAACAACCAGAACAUGUACCAGUUGUCCGACCCUUCAGUCAGUAUGGACAAACACACCAGAAGUGAAUCGCCGAAUGACGAGGCCCGACAGUGCGAGUUAAACAGAAUGGCAUCCAUAAGACUUCAUCAGAAACUGGUCCAGACCCACGACAAGCAGUGGCCAGGACACAGCUCAGAGUAUAACAAGGAGAGACCUGACAAUCACAGUGACACAUCAGGGGAGACCAUUCAGUCAGACAGUGGUGUAGGGAUCAGUGAAGGGGAGACAAGAAGCACCAUGUCUCACUCUCAUCAUACUGAUGAUCUCCGUAAUAAGUUUGGCCCCUCCCAGAACGGAAGGAGAGGAACACCCCCACAUCUGAGUAACACCCCUCGCUAUCAAAGUCCUCCAUACUCCCAGUCACCCCCUCUGUAUGAAAAUGUGAUGGAAUUACAGCAGUACUCCAAAAUGAUAGGGGACACCUCCCAUCACCUUCCUGUCCAUGUACGGACAUUUUAUCAGCCCAAGUCUUCUGUAAGUCCCACAUCUUCCAUUCCAUCUUAUGGACAUUUUACUAGUGGAUUAUACUCGGCGCGGAGUGUGGACGAGACUAUAGAUAGUGUAGCUACAGGUUAUAACGAUGAUGACACGACUACGUCGGGAAGCUACACCAUCGACGAGGAUGAGGAAGACCCUGUAGAAGUCCGUCUUCACAAGGUGCCGGAUGUAUUUGUAUGAUUUCCUGGGGAAAGUGACCUCAUCAUGUCUCAUGUGUUCCUUGAAUUCUAGUCAGGAUGUCAUUCCUCAGAACUCUGUAUUACAGUGCUACACAAAACACAAGACUUGGUUAAUAUCAAGAUUUAUUUUUGUUAUGCAAUAUUUUACUUGAAUAUGUUAUCAAUGUGCAUAAUGUCUGUGUUAUUUCAUAUCACACAUGAUUUGUUCAAAAUGCAUUUAUGGUCUCAAAAAAUAUCAUUGUGGGUGCAACCAUUACAUUAUUUACUGUUUUGUGCACAAUAUUUUAUACAAAAUGAUCUCUGUGAAAUAUUAAGUUCCUUUUCUUCAAAUUACGUGUAUAAAUGGAAGUAAGAAAAGAUUCUGUAUUAAUCAACUCAUGAAAUGAAAAACUACUUAAUCUUUGUUCACUUAAGAAUAUCUUCAAAUCAUAUCAAAGUGUAUAUCCAGUGAGAAAUAGGGCACAGUAUCAUUACAUUACAUUUGGAAAUGUAAAAAAUAUUCCUUGUGACAUUGUCUCUGCAACUAACUGCUGGCAGCAUUUGUUGUUGGUCCAGAUUAUUGGACUGUAAUGCAUUUAACUGUUUUUUCCUUGUAUAUUGUUAUUAUUUUGCUAUAAGCAGCAAUAUAUUUUUAUACAAAAAUGAUUAUAAUUAAUAAAAAUUAUGAAAAGAA